AUGUUUGAGAGCAUAACAACAACACUCUCUGCUCAAUCAUCAUCGUCAAUGUCUACAGAGACGGUGGGAAGAAAACCGAGCAAAGCCAAGUACUUCUUGGAUGAAGUGAGCGAUGUGGUGAAGUUGCUUCAAGGACUUACCACCACUUCGAGCCUAAAGCCUAAGUAUGUUGAGGUUUUUCCCAAAGGAGAUCUUUUUGAUGAUCACUUGUCUCUGUACCUCUGUGUUGCGAAUCCUGAAUCACUGCGACUUGGAUGGAAAAGACGAGCUAGUUUUUCCUUCGUUCUACUGAGUCAAUCAGGCAAAGAGCUCUUCAGAAAAGAUGAAUCGUGCCAAUUGUUCUGCGCUGAGUUCUCAGGAUGGGGUUGUGAUGCGGUGCCUCUUAAAAAGCUUCAAGAAGAAGGGUUUCUGGAGAAGAACAAACUGAUCGUUAAAGUGGAAAUUAAAGUAGUUGAAGUUGUUGACGAAGGAGAUGUCACUGGGAAUGAGACAUUAGAUGUUGACGGUUUCCAAGUUGUUUCAGUGAGCUGGAUUUUCGAGGAGCACCCUGACUUUGCAGUAAAUGUCAGACCAAAGAAGACAACAUACAUAAAUAUCCUCCUCGGUCUUAUCGAGACACUAAACAAGCCUCGACAUGACAUCUCUGAGACUGAGCUAAGCAACGCUCAGAGCGAGUUGAUCGAUCUAACAGAAGCAGGUUUCAAGCUGGACUGGUUGGAGACAAAGCUUGAUGAAGUUUCCUUGGAGAGGAAGAAAGAAAAUACUCUCGAGGAACACAUCAAGAAUCUCACACUAAACAAGGAGAAGGUCAAAACUGAUACUUCAUCUGCUAAAGUUCGUUCGGUGGAGCAAACGGUGUUGGACCUCAUAGAUGAGCUGAACAAGGAGAAGCACGAAUCUGCUGCUAAAUUCCUGUCGUUGGAACAUACUGUGUCGGAUCUUGAAGAUGUGUUGAACAUGGAGAAGGACAAAUCAGAUACUUGUGCUGCUAAAGUUUCUUCGUUGGAACAGACAGUGGUGAAUCUCAGAGCUGAGAUGAACAAGGAGAAGGCUGCUGCUUGCUCUUGGGAAGUAUUGGAUUACGAGGAGGAUCUCCAUAAUGAAAAAGUAGAGUACAAUUAA